GACGCAAUAGCGUGUGCUUAUGUCAUUUCCCUCUUGCAUACGCUACUUAUUCGCCUGUUCCGUAAGCAAAUGUUCUAUUACGAGUAGUUCUGCUUCAUAUCAGCGUACGCAUAUCUGUCCACUGGGUUUCCUGCUACCGAUAGACAUCGAAAGACGUGCAAUCGGAAAGUGAUGCUCUGUACCGGCUUAAUGCCCGGUUUGCAACUUUAGGAUGAGGCGGCUGUUGGAACAGGUGCUGGAGGAUUGGAGGCGUUCUGAAAGAUUCACAUAGCAUAGCUACCAGCGUGGAUUUGGUUGACAUCGCGGCACUGCGACCGGACAACGCUUACACCUGAAGUCGACCAAGUGUCAUCAAUAAGUAGCUGCCUGGUCGGUAGCCUAUGCGUUUUUCCCAGCGGCAAUGCUCGCCAAGUGCAUAUGGCCGUUUGGGAAACGCGGAGACAAGCGUUUAAGUCACUCUGGUGGAGGCUCUGAGAAGAACUCCGUCAUAGAGCAAAAGGGCUUGCCCCCGUCAGCCCAUCCACAACCAGCGGUAAACGACCAGGGCAAUCCCAACGAGCAUGCAGGCGACGACGCCCCGCCACCUACUUCAUCCAAGUCCGCAGGCAGCCCUCCUCCCACUUUCCAUUCUGGACAACCUGCAAACCGAGUAUCCGGCGACCUUGCUGAACAGGGCGAUCAGGAUCCAUCCGUACGACAGGCUCUGAAACCCGCUGAGGCUGUCCCAGGGCCAUCAUACGAAAGCGACGAUGAGGGCCGCGGCGCAGUGACAGCUGAGGAGCGUUUGAAUGACAUCACCAGAUCCGUGAAGGGCCACGCCAAUGCCGCCGGGGUGGGAUCCCAGGAUGAGGCAGUCCGCCGGCAGGUGGAGGAAGCAGCGAAGCGGCUAGGAGCGGACCUAGGGGCCGCAGUGCUUGAGGAGUCCAACGGAAAGGCACAGGGGGCCCAGGCUGCAGCGGCUGUGGCCGGGAAGGCAGCAGCAGGCCCCGCCUCCGAAGCCGCCGCCGCCGCCGCUGCUGCUGCUGCUGCUGCUCCUUUAGCAGCAGCGGAGCCGCACCCGGGAGCUCUCG